GGACUAGCAUUGUUUCAGUUACCAUAUGAGAGUUUAAUCUGUUAAAAACAUGAUUUACUAUACUAUACUUCUUUAUAAAACGUAAUUUGUAAGAGAAAUCUGUAUACAAUUUUUAGGUUUAACUCUUAACACUUGUCGGCCUAUAGCCUAGGUUUUCAAAACUGAUUUUGUAAGGCAUAGGCAUACACAGUAUUUUUAUGCUUUUUGGCAAAAGAAUUAGGCAUACUCAUCAUUAAUUAAGGUUCCCAUAUACUGUAAAUAUUUUAUCCAAGAAAAGUGGUCAACCUGAAUUAGGUAGGCCUAGUAUUGAAAUUAAUAAUAUUAAUAAAACAAUAUCUUUUAUAUUUUAUGGCUAAAAAUUGAUACACUGUCAGUGUAAACCAUCAUUUUUUGACAGUAAGAACAGCUCCCCACACUGCCUGUCAAAGAAAGAACAGCUCCCCACACUGCCUGUGAAAUUCAAAUAAAUUGGUCCAAUGAGAAUUUCACCGUAACAAUUAGUCACACCUUGUGACAAGAAAUUCAGACAAAUAAUUAAUGUUAAAUAGGUAAUAUAAUAAAUAUCAUUUUCAUUAUUCUUUUGGCCUCCUAACUCUGAUUCAGCAGCAUCACUAUUCUUCGAUCAAAUAUUAAAAGAAAAUCUUAGAUUUUAGGUCUAACAAAAAACUUAAAUUUUAUUUAAUUAGUUGCUAAAAUGCCUGCAACAAAAGCAUGAAAUUUACAAACAUUUUUUCCCUGAAUUCCUCCAGGUUGAAUAAUAUAGUAAAUAGGCGUUGUUACUUUUACUGGACAAUUCCUCUGCUGAAAUCGAUUUACAAGUCAGGUAGAGCAUUUGAAAUCCCUGAAGACACCCUCAACAACUUCUACGAACCCACCGAGAAAAGCGUGCCAGAGGCCCUAGCAUCACCAGCCAAAAGAAGGCUCACCAUUUCUGCUAAAGUAGACGAGGUCUACCCAACACAGGAUGGUCCUUCAGGCAACUGGCGCCGCACGGAUGUCAUUUUGGCUGACGAGCCAACAGCCAAACGCAUCCGCUGCAAACUGUGGAAUAACAACUCGUCUUUAAUUACACCAGCACAUAAAGGACAAAUGGUUACCCUCCAAAAUGUUCAAGUAGAGGUCUACAAGGACAAAACCCAACUGAAGUCUACGGACAUGACAACCAUAUCUGUUCAGGAUGUGCACGUAGAUCCCAUUUCUGAUGCCUACACCGUCAUUGGCAUUGACGAAGAUGAAACCAAUAUAUUCCUGAUCACGGAUGAGGACAAGUCUUUUUCGUGCAGGAAGACCACACUCUUCAAUCAAACAGGCUGGACAACUGCCGCAUUCACCGACCACUUACCACAAAGAUGCACCAUCACAAGUCUUCACACAGUCAUCACUCACAUUGACAUUCAUUUAUAGACAAUAAUCCUCAAAAUUCAAAAGAAAAAAAAGCCCCAAAAACCAUGCUGCCCUUAACAUCCUUGUAAGCUUUAAAGUCAAACUCCGGAGGAAAAACAUUUUUUGAUAUGUUGUAGAACUCAUUAUUUUUAAGACAGAAAAAUGUUGUUUGAUAAAAAACUUGGGAACUGUGAGGGAGAUACAGAUUUUUUUAUAUUUCAAAACUGGGGGGAAAAUGGGCAUAUCCGCCCAUUUUUACACCUUCUUCCCCCUGUUUUUAUUUAUUCAAACCUCUGUAUCUCCUUCACUGUUGCUCAGUUUUUGAUAAAACUACAUUUUCCUGUCCUAUAAAAUUCAGUCCUGCAACAUAUCAACAAUUUCUUUCCCUCCGGAGCCUGACUUUAAAAUCGCAUUAGAUUUGCCAUAUUUAGAAAAUGACCAUUGUCCUCGCGUACACGUUCAGAUCAUUGUGUAUACUCUACAUGAACUGUAGCAUGUUUCAUGAAAUGUUACUUUAGCAAUGUAUAUAAUAUUUUAGUUUUUUUAUAUUAUGUUACAUGUAUUAUCUAUUAGUUCCCUCUUCUGAUAUCAAACAAAAAAAAUGACCAGCAUAUCAUAUAGGGUCAUGUUGUAUUACAGAACUAAUUAUUUUGUAAUAAUAAAAUUACAAUACCAAAAAAAAAAA